AGCAGUUUACUAUCUUUUUGGAUUUUAUGAUUAUUGAAUUUGAUGUAAAAUAAGGACAAUUAAAUCGCGUCUUCAGAUGGUUUUACGAAAGGAUGGUUUAAUUCAAAGAAUGAGAACCCGUCCUACAGGUGUAACAAAAUGGGAACUCCUGCUGGUGAAACCUCAAACGCCAAAGACAACGUUGGAGACGCUGUUGCAAAUGACCAAGCCAUCGACCAGCCAGAUGGCUUAACACCCAAGAAUAAAUACGGAAAAUACAAAAAAAAUUUAAAGGAGAAAAUUUUCGACUGGACUCAUAAAAAAAGUCCCAAAAGCAGGACAGACAGCGAUUCUUCAACUCAAACCCUGACUUAUGAGGAGUAUCUCAAAUUAAGAAGAAUUUCAGAAGCUGGCCAACAGCUCAUUAGCUUAGAAGAAAAGCUGUAUGACUGUGUGCAUGGAAGUGAAGACCAGGAAGAGGCCUUAAAAGAGGAAGAGGAGCUGAAAGUAGCGUAUGAAACGUUCAGCCAAGAGCUCUGGACAACCAUUGCAGCCGGGGUCACUCUCUCGGGGGAAGAGUUGAAACAACUUGCGUCUGCUGUGUGCUCAAUCGAGCAGGAGGAAGAGCGGGACAAGAAAUGUUUGGAAGAGAAAGAGAGAAACUGGAGGAUCCCGCAGUGGAGGCCGAGGGAGUGCAGGAAGAAGCUGGACACUGUCCUGCAGGAGGCCGUAGAACAGCGUAUGGAGGAGAUCCCAAAGGUCAAAGAGGCCGAGAAGCUGUCCUCAAUCAAACAAGACAUAUUCAAAAUGGGGAAACGGUUGAAAGAGGACCUGGUCAGCGUUGUAAUGAAUGUUAAGGGCUGUUACCCGGAGGGUUAUGAUAUCUGCAAUGUAUACGCAAAGUUAUACCACACCACCUUCUCCUCUCGGCUCAAGGAGAUUGUAGAGUUCGGGCUGAGGCAGGAGGAUUGCUCCUAUGUGCUGGGUUGGGUCCAUAAUUAUUAUCAGAAUGACAUAUUAAAACACAGAGACUUGGAAAAAGAGAUUGAUGGCAAAUCGCUGGGCAGUCUUCUUCCUGAAGAUGUAAUUAAACAGCUGGAGUCGCAGUACCUUUCAAACAGAGAGUGUGAAAUAAAACAAUGGCUCUCUAAUGCUGUGGGAAAUGAAGUAACCAAAUGGAUGGAAGGGGAAAUCCCAGAGCAGGUGGAUGGGUUUUAUCACAGUGAGAUAGCGAUUGAUGUGAUCCAGUGCAUCGAAGGAGCAGUGAAGGAGGCAAAGGAAGUGCUAGACAAGGAGUUUGGAAACAUGAUGCGCUUGUUCAUGUGCGCACUGCUGGAGUGUCUGGAAAGGUAUAAGAAAACGUUGGAAGAUUUUAUUAAAGCUAAAGAAAAAUACAAGAAUUGCGCUGCUGUCAUUAAGGCAAAUAUGUUUAACUGUAAACAAUUCAGGGACUACUUUGAAAAAAUCAAUGAGUCCUUUGAGGCAGAAGAUAAAGAGAAGUGUCUGUCAAUCCUGAGUGGUCUGGAGGACACUGGCUAUAGGUAUCUGGCUGACCUCAUGCACCUGCCUCUGAAGCCCAGCUACAAAGUGCUGGUUACCCAGGAAUGGCUGACCUGUUCUAACCCUGUCAUGGAUACCAUCCUCGAUCUGGCUGAGAAACACAUUCAAGAAUUCAGUAAACUGAAGCCUUGCUGUUUCCAGGAAUUGCUGAAGAGGCUGCACUUUGAGGUUAUUGCUGAAUACACCAAGAGGAUCAUGAAGAAGAAAAUCAAACUGAAAUAUGAAGAGCAGCAAAAGGCGAUGGCAGAGAAGAUAUGUGACGACUCCAGGAAAAUCCAGGAACUGUUCACACGCUACGAAUCUAAAGAAGAGUGGCUGCAUCAUGUCCUCCCAAAAGUAGCCGAAGUGAUCAAGCUUCAAGACCCAAGUAUGAUUGUACUAGAAACUGCAACUCUGGUCCGAGAUUACCCUGAUAUCAGCAAAAAGCACUUGUCUGCUCUGCUCUACAUUAAAGCGAAUCUGCCCAGUAAAGAUGCUAAAAGCGUUAAGAAGGUUCUACAGCUGAAAAACGAAGACUUGAACAUUUGCCGCUCUGCAAAGCCUUUCUUUGCCCUCGUUCCAGUGUGAUAGAGAAUCGCCCUGGAGAAAAAACUGUGCAGUAAAGUACAGUGAAGUAACUGGGUUAUCUGAAGGGUUCCUUUUUCAGUGCAUUAAUUUGCUGUCAUGUUAAAUGCUGGUUAUUUGGCAUUAAUAGUUUAUAUAUAAAAAUAAAUCUAAUAAAUGCAUUAUAAACUUCACCAUUUCAAAACAGCUCAUAUGAAAUUUACAAAGUAAAUGGAGCAGGAAUGGUAAGGGUUCUGGAAUUAUAAACCAUUUAAAGAGAAGGGCUCUGUACAUAAUGCAGGGUUACACAAGCUGAACAUGGGAAAUAAAUUGGGCACACUAAACCAGUGGAGCAGAACUCAGAUAAGAUAACCCUUAUGUGGCAAAGUGCCCAUCUCUGUGUGUAUUUUGUGUUAAUGUUGGUGUAUAGUCAUUGGUACAGACGAUAUA